GAAGAUAAGCUGGAAGAGUUUCUAGAGCAGAAGGAAUAUGAAGACCCUGAAUUCCCCACGCUCCAGGUGGAGGAAGCAGAAGCUCAGCUCACCGAACCGACAGCCACAGACUACCACACCGCGUCGCACCGCCCCCCAGACGUCCUCGAGGUCGUCGUGGAGCUGCGGGAACUGGUGAUGGAUGAAAAGAACCAGGAGCUACAGUGGAUAGAGACAGCGCGCUGGGUGCGGCUAGAGGAGAACCUGGGGAAGGACGGGAUAUGGGGCCGCCCACACCUGUCUUACCUCACCUUCUGGAGCCUCUUGGAGCUGCAGAAAGCCUUUGCCAAGGGUACUGUCCUCCUGGACCUGCCAGAGAAAUCCCUGGCCGGGGUGGCCAGCCAGCUGCUCGACAGGUUUAUCUUCGAGGGGCAGAUCCAGCCUCAGGACCGAGAAAAUCUGCUCCGGGUCCUGCUGCUCAAACACAGCCACGCCAGAGACGUGGAGGCCCUGGGGAGUGUGAAUCCUGCAGUCCUGACACGUUCUGGGGACCCUUCACAGCCUCUGCUCCCACAGCAUCCCUCGCUGGAGACAGAGCUCUUCUGUGAACAGGGAGAGGGGAGCGCGGAAGGGCACUCGUCAUCUGGAAUGCUGGGAAGGAGUCCCCAGGACCGGGAGGCCACCCUGGUGCUGGUGGGCUGUGCCAGGUUCCUGGAGCGGCCAGUGCUGGGCUUUGUGCGACUAAAGGAGCCCAUGGAGACGGAGCAGAAGCCACAGGAGCCAGAGGGGCCGGCAGUCCCUGUGCGCUUCCUCAUCGUGUUGCUGGGACCUGAGGCCCCCAACAUCGACUACACCCAGCUGGGCCGGGCUGCUGCCACCCUCAUGUCAGAGAGGGUGUUCCGCACUGAUGCAUACUUGGCCCAGAACAAGGAGAUGCUGGUGCAUUCCCUAGAGGGCUUCCUAGACUGCAGUCUGGUGCUGCCGCCCACGGACGCGCCCUCUGAGGAUGCCCUGCUCAGUCUGGUGCCCGUGCAGAAGGAGCUGCUGAAAAGACGCUACCUGCCCAGCUCAGCCAAGCCAGAGCCCAGCUUCCUCAAGGGCCUAGAUUUGAACGGGGGUCUAGAGGACACCCAGGAUGACCCUCUGCAGCGGACAGGCAGGCUCUUCGGGGGACUGGUGCGUGACAUCCGGCGCCGCUACCCCCGCUACUUGAGUGACAUCACAGACGCAUUGAACCCCCAGGUCCUGUCUGCCAUCAUCUUCAUCUACUUUGCCGCCCUGUCACCCGCCAUCACCUUCGGUGGCCUCCUGGGAGAAAAGACCCAUAACCUGAUGGGUGUGUCGGAACUGCUUAUCUCCACCGCGGCGCAGGGCAUCCUCUUCUCCCUGCUGGGGGCUCAGCCCCUGCUCGUGGUGGGCUUCUCAGGACCCCUGCUCGUGUUUGAGGAAGCCUUCUUCUCGUUCUGCAAGAGUAACGGCCUGGAGUACAUCGUGGGCCGCGUGUGGAUUGGCUUCUGGCUCGUCCUGCUGGUGGUGCUGGUGGUGGCCUUCGAGGGCAGCUUCCUGGUCCGCUUCAUCUCCCGCUACACCCAGGAGAUCUUCUCCUUCCUCAUCUCCCUCAUCUUCAUCUAUGAGACCUUCUCCAAGCUGGUCACGAUCUUCCAGGACCACCCACUGCUGGAGAACUAUGACCACAAUGUGACAAGAAUACCCAAACCUCAGGCGCCCCUGCCCAACACAGCCCUCCUCUCUCUUGUGCUCAUGGCUGGCACCUUCUUGUUCGCCAUGACGCUGCGCAAGUUCAAGAACAGCUCCUACUUCCCUGGCAAGCUGCGUCGAGUCAUUGGGGACUUUGGGGUUCCCAUCUCUAUCCUGAUCAUGGUCAUGGUGGAUGCCUUCAUCCAGGACACCUACACCCAGAAACUCAGUGUACCUAAAGGGCUCACCGUGUCCAACACCUCGGCCCGAGGCUGGCUCAUCCACCCGCUGGGCUUAUAUAAGCCAUUUCCCAUCUGGAUGAUGUUUGCCUCCGCCCUGCCUGCCCUGCUGGUCUUCAUCCUCAUCUUCCUUGAGUCCCAGAUCACCACGUUGAUCAUCAGCAAGCCGGAGCGCAAGGUGGCCAAGGGCUCUGGCUUCCACCUGGACCUGCUGCUGGUCAUGGGCAUGGGCGGGGUGGCCACCCUCUUUGGGAUGCCCUGGCUCAGUGCCACCACUGUGCGUUCUGUCACCCACGCCAAUGCCCUUACGGUCAUGGGCAAGGCCAGCACCCCAGGGGCUGCAGCCCAGAUUCAGGAAGUCAAGGAACAGCGCAUCAGCGGGCUCCUGGUCUCUGUGCUCGUGGGCCUGUCCAUCCUCAUGGGGCCCAUCCUGUCCCACAUCCCCUUGGCUGUGCUCUUUGGCAUUUUCCUCUACAUGGGGGUCACAUCCCUCAGUGGCAUCCAGCUUUUUGACCGCAUCUUGCUUCUGUUCAAGCCGCGCAAGUACCACCCGGAUGUGCCCUACGCCAAGCGGGUGAGAACCUGGCGAAUGCACUUGUUCACGGGCACUCAGAUCAUCUGCCUGGUAGUGCUGUGGGUGGUGAGAAGCAUCAAAGCCAUCUCGCUGGCCCUGCCGUUCAUCCUCAUCCUCACGGUGCCCCUACGCCACUUCCUGCUGCCACUCAUCUUCCAGAACCUGGAGCUCCAGUGUCUGGAUGCUGACAAUGUCAAGCCGAACUUCGAUGAGGAGAACGGUCAGGAUGAAUAUGAUGAGGUGGCCAUGCCUGUGUGA